AAAAGCGCAUUCCAGACAAAUCCCACAGCCACGUGAAGGAUCGGUCAUUGCUUAGUAUGCGGUGCAUAGACCCUCGUCCCGGGUUAGUCAGUUCUUAUCCAUGCUUAUCCAAGACCAACCACAACGUCAUACAUUCAAACCCUAUACUCCCGAAAAAAAAGACUAUAAAAGUCUCCAAACUCCCCAGCUCAAUCGCCCACCCCAAAAAAAGAAUUAACACCCAAUUCAUACCAUCCAAAGCCGAAUCCCAGACAAAAACAAUUCAAGCAAAAAAAAAAAGAAAGAACAAAAGAAGGGGGGGGAAAAAAAGACAAGACAAUGUCCAAACUUAACCACGCAAAGAUCAUCCUCCGCCGGUCCAGCGAGCGCGGAUACGCCGAGCACGGCGGCUGGCUGAAGACAUACCACACGUUCAGCUUCUCCGAUUACUUCGACCACCGGUUCCAGCAGUUCGGGUGUCUGCGCGUGCUCAACGAAGACCGCGUGUCAGCACGCAACGGCUUCCCGACGCAUCGCCACCGCGAUGCCGAGAUCUUCAGCUACGUGCUCAGCGGCGAGCUGACGCACCGCGACAGCAUGAUCCAGAAAGGCAAGGAAGGCGCCCAGGGCAAGGAUUUCUAUCGCAUGAAGCGCGGCGAUGUGCAGUUCACCACUGGUGGGAGUGGAAUCGCCCACUCCGAACAAAACGAGCACCCCUCGAAGACAGUUCAUUUCCUCCAAAUCUGGGUCCUGCCCUGGAAAUCCUCCCUCAAGCCCCAGUACCACACGCUGAGCUUCUCCGACGACGCAAAGCGUCAGUCCUUCGUCCCCAUUAUCUCUCCCCUGGCUGCCGGGCCCGAGGCCACCCCUGCCCAGGAGGAGGCUGCCGUGCCCGCCAUCGCCGGGACGAUCCCCAUCCAUGCGGAUUUCGUGAUGGGUGCGGGAAUCCUCGAGUCCGGGAAGACGUUCCGGUGGGCGGUUGGUGGCGGAGAGGGUGCGGUGCAGUCGCGGCGGAAGCGGAAUGUGUACGUGCAUCUGCCGGCGAGCCGGACGGGAGGGGCGAAGAUUCGGUUGGAUGGGAGAGAGGAUAAAGUGUUGGAGGAAGGGGAUGGGGCGUUUGUGGAGGGGGUGAAUGUUGGGGAUGUAAUUUCGGUGGAGAGUUUGGGGGAGGCCGAGGCGGAGGUGGUUGUUUUGGAUAGUAAUUAGGGUCUUUUCUCCCUGUUACUUGUGUGCUUUUACUUGUGGUCUUUGGUUUUGGUGGGCGUUGGGUUUGGUUUAGUUUGCUUUCUAUGUCUAGAUACCAAGGAUUGGU